UCAACAUGGAGGCGGAGGUAGAUAAGCUGGAACUCAUGUUCCAGAAAGCUGACUCUGAUCUGGAUUACAUUCAAUACAGGCUGGAAUAUGAAAUCAAGACUAAUCAUCCUGAUUCAAUAGGCGAGAAAAAUCCAAUUAUUCUCCUAAAGGAGUUGUCAGCAAUAAAGUUUCGAUAUCAGACUUUGCAUGCACGCUUUAAACCAGUUGCUGAUGAGCAGAAAGAGACUAAGAGCCGCAUUUGUGCUACUUUGAAUAAGACUAUGACCAUGAUACAAGAACUACAAAAGCAAGCAGACCUGGAGCUUUCACCACUGACUGAAGAAGAGAAAAGUGCAGCAGAACGAUUAAAAUCUCAUAUACCAGACUUGUGAAGAAAUGGACUUGCAAAAGGGGACUCUAAUGGAGAAGAGAUCAGUUUACAGAGAGAUUUAGGAAGGUGUCUUGUUAUUACUUUCUGACUAGAGGUCAGGGAAUGCUGGUGAGGGAGAAGAGGGUUUGUCUUGGGUGACUGUGUAAUAAUGCCUUUCAUAAAAGAGGGCAGACAUUGUAUGAAUAAAGUUCAGACGAAAGGAAGGAGCAGGAAUAAAG